AUGACGUCGGACGAGUGCGCGGCGGUGAAGACCCUGGACUACCCGAUCUAUUCGGACGGCGACAUACUGGACUUCGAGGACGUCGGUGACCGCUUACCGCUCGGGAUCGAGCGGGACAUGAAGUUGUUUGGCGGCCCCAUGAAGGGAGACUGGCGAAACGGCUUCGGUGUGCGGGAGCUUCAAAACCUCCCGUUCGGAUUGCCGGACGAGUGCGAGCCGUUCCGCCGAGCUCCAUUCACAGGGGAGCACCACGCCUUUGCGUUUGUCCCGCACGUGAGCAAGUACCAGUUCCUCGGUGGCAGCGGGGCGGAGAACACCUGGGUACGCUUCGACAAGCCUUUCCUCAAAUCGUUCGACCAUGAUCGGCCUUCCACGACAUUCCAGCCCUUCACGACGAAAGAGGUGUGA